AUGACGGGCCGGGAGGAGCCCGCCGAGGGCAGAGCCAAGGGGAAGGCGCUGGUGCCCAGCGCUGCCAGCGAGAAGGCGGCCCGGCUGGGCGCCCCGGCCCUGCGCUCCAAGGGGUUCGCCAUCACCGACCUGCUGGGGCUGGAGGCCGAGCUGCAGCCGCCGGCCGCCCCCGUGGCCGACGAGGACAGCCUGUCUGGGGACAAGGGCGAGCUGAAGACACCCACUUCCCAGAUCAAGAGGAAGAAGCGCCGGCACAGGACGGUGUUUACUGCUCACCAGCUGGAGGAGUUAGAAAAGGCUUUCAAUGAAGCUCAUUACCCAGACGUGUAUGCCCGGGAAAUGCUAGCUAUGAAAACUGAGCUGCCCGAGGACAGGAUCCAGGUCUGGUUUCAGAACCGAAGAGCCAAGUGGAGGAAGCGUGAGAAGUGCUGGGGCAGGAGCAGUGUCAUGGCCGAGUACGGUCUCUAUGGGGCCAUGGUGAGACACUCCAUCCCUCUACCUGAGUCAAUCAUCAACUCAGCCAAAAGUGGGCUGGUGGGCUCCUGUGCUCCUUGGCUGCUUGGGAUGCAUAAAAAAUCCAUGGAUGUUACGAGAAAACCAGAGAGUGAGGAGAAGAUGACAGGCAGCUGGAGAUUGGAAGAUCCUGAGGAGAAAUUAAAAAUGAAGCCAGCAGAUCACCAGAGAAGCUCUGGUGACAAACUCAGCUCUAUGGACAAUUCAGAAGAUACAGCGAUUGACCUCUCUAGUACAGCAAAGCAAGAGAACAGGAGUGCUUUGAGGCAGUGUCUCAAAGGAGACCUCCAGACAGAUGGGAAGGACAGUGACCGCUAAACUCAGGGAGCAGGGGAGGGUGGGAUGUUAGGAAAACGAGCCCCCUUAACACUUU